AUGCGUCUUUCCAGCCUCUCGUUCCUCGUGCAGGCACUCCUGUUGACUGCGGUCGCAGCCCAGAGUGCCGGCGUCGCCGCCUCCAACACUGUGGACGUCACCAGUGAAACCACUUCGUCAUCCAGUUCCGAAGCGCCUACAACCUCUUCGACUUCCUCAGAGGCUCCUACCACCUCGGCCGAGCCUACAACAUCUGCGGACCCAACCACCUCCGCUGAACCUGACCCAACUACUUCCUCCACUUCCUCCACCUCGACUUCAUCCACAUCAACCGCCGCUCCCGCAGAGACCACUACCUCUGCCGAUUCCACUGUCGCUCAGCCCACCACAUCCGCCACCAAUGGACCUGCGUCCACUACCAGCUCUGACAACAGUCAGACGACUACGACUCCCACCACCACCCAGACCCCUGUCGUGAAGACCAUCACCUCUUACGCCACCAGCAAUGGAACCCCCGUCGCCAACGUGAUGACCACCACCUCCACCCCUGCCGCGCAACCUUCUCUGAACAGCGACAAGAACUCCAGCUCUAGCGGUGUGUCAGCCUCCGACAAGAAGAUCAUCAUCGGUGUCGUGGUCGGUGUCGGCGGUGCCAUCAUCAUCGGAGUCCUCGGUGUGGUCUUCUGGCGAAUCAAGAAGAAGCGCAGCGACCAGUACGGUGACGAGGAUGAUCUCAUGGGCGGCACCGCCGUUGGCUCCAACCCUCGCGAGAAGGCCCCCAGCCCUGCCGCCAACACCCCCUUCAAGAACACACUGGACCAAUACCACAACCCUGGUCCUGUCAAUGCGGCAUCCAACUUCUAA